AUGUGGCCAUUCACUAUGAGUAUUCCUAGGCAGCAAGAGAACCAAUUCGUAGUAGUCAACGUUGGGAGCGAGUUAGACUUACUGUCAAGUAACACAUCUAAGGAGAAGUUCACCAUCGGUAGCGAAUUUAUUCCAGCUGAAGGAUCAUCCGAUUUUUUAGACAUUGCAUUUCGAUCAUCAUGUCAACCAUCCUACUACGGUUCCGGAUGUCAACGUUACUGUAAAGCAUCAUUCAGUUAUACCUGUGACGCUAAUGGAAAAAGAAUUUGUCUCACUGGCUGGUUCGGAGAGCAAUGUGACCAGCACCUUGAGUACUGCAGCCGUCACAAGCCAUGUAAAAACGGUGGCGUCUGCACAAAUGGAGGUCUCACGACGGAUUUCACCUGCCAAUGUCCGGAAGCAUUCGUUGGCGUCACAUGCGAGAUUGAGCUUCCCAGUAUUUGUCAACAUCAAGGAAUUUGCCGAAACGCAAUAUUUCACAAGAAUAAUCAGUCACUUGAAUCAGCUGUUCACUGUAUAGGAGGAAUUUGUACGAAUAUCGAUACAAAAUUGGGCAGAUGCUUGUGUGUGAAAGGUUUUGAGGGCAAAUACUGUGAACGACGAAUAGUGCAGACCCAUUGCACACAGAAUACCUGCAAAAAUGGGGGCUCAUGUCAAGGCGAGUCGGUAUGCGUUUGUCCAUUGUGCUUUUCUGGUUACGACUGUUCUGUCAUCGACAAAGAAUGUCUCUGGAACCGGGCAAAUGUUUCGUUGGUGACCAAAAACGGCUUUAAUGAAGACGAACAAGACGUACCAACGAGGAUUCUCAUGUUCAUGGCUUUUAUCUCAAUUAUGAUGCUCGCCUCGUGUGUGGUUGUGUUUUUCUUCAAAUACACAAAAAUGAAGCGUCUUCUUCACGAUCCGAUUACUCAAAAUACGUUGAACGAGCGUCGGCAGAUUCACAUUGAUCUUCCUAAGCAGUCAAUCGAUAAGCGAUCAUACUCGGAUGAUUCAUACAAGGUUUUUGUUAUUCCAUCAAAGAGGCACACUAAAACUGACGUUGAGAAAUCGUGUGAUGGAGUCGACUAUGAAAGUAAACGAUACGUGACACAGCUGCGUGGACGCUACUGUACACUACCGUGCAUGGACGUCGUCGUCGCCGAACCGGAACAUCAAUACGCCGAAAUCGAAUACCGACCGACUACCGUAUCUCUAGAUGACAAGCAGUUUACGGAAAACGCCUGUGUAGUUUAG